CCCUCGCUCGCCCGCCGGCGUCGCCGCCGCCCGCACACACGCAGCCACCAGAAGCGGAGGAGAAGAAAUAAGAACUAGCGUAGAAUAAAAAGGGGAAAACAACGCCAGAAAGAAUAAUAUCCGGAGCACGAGGCCAACGAGGACGACGAGCGGCAGCAUCACGGAGGAGGAGGAGGAAGAAAAGCGACCGACUACCACAGCCCGCGAGCUCUCGAGUUUCCAGCGAAAAUAUCCGAAGAUCCUUGCUAGUUUCCAGUGACGUUCUAUCCCAUUAAACAAGAUUCUUCAAGGUGAUGGUUCAGUCUCAACCCUGCUGACCUCCAUGUCCGGGGCCCCACGCUCCAACCUUGGACUUGUUCCCAGGGACAUGAAUGGUAGCCUUCCAGUUAGUACUACAAAUUCCUCUGGGCCAAGCAUUGGUGUUAGCUCUUUGGUGACCGAUGGCAACUCAUCACUUUCUGGAGGUGCCCAGUUUCAGCAAAGUACGAGCAUGAAUGCUGAUUCAUUCACGCGCCUUCCUGCCUCUCCGAUGUCGUUUUCGUCCAAUAACAUUUCUGGCUCUUCAGUCAUUGAUGGCUCCAUCAUGCAGCAAAGUCCACCCCAAGAGCAGAUGCAGAAGCGGAGAGCAUCUAGUGUAACAUCACAACCUGUGAUUGAUGCUGCUGCCGCAUUUCAUGCUCAAAAGAAGCCAAGAGUUGAUAUUCGGCAAGAUGAUAUCUUGCAACAACAGUUGAUUCAACAGCUGCUCCAAGGUCAGAGUUCUCUUCAUCUCCAGGGCCAACAUAACCCACAGCUUCAAGCCUUGAUCCGGCAGCACAAACUGGCACAAAUUCAGCAACAACAGCAGCAUCAGUUAUCACAACAAUUUCCUCAGCAUCAACAUUCUCAAGUUGGCAUACCUCGGCAGCCACAAUUGAGGCCACCGCUAGCACAGCCUGGAAUUCAGCUAGCUGGACCUGUUAGGACUCCUGUCGAGAGCGGGCUUUGUUCCCGAAGGUUAAUGCAGUAUUUGUAUCACAAGCGUUACCGGCCAGAUGAUAAUCCCAUAACAUACUGGAGGAAGCUCAUUGAUGAAUAUUUUGCACCACGAUCAAGAGAAAGAUGGUGUGUGUCAUCAUAUGAAAAACCAGGGAAUACCUCGGUUGCUAUUCCACAGACAUCCCCGGGUACAUGGCGUUGUGAUAUUUGUAAUACGCAUUCGGGGAAAGGAUAUGAGGCUACCUCUGAAAUACUUCCUAGACUCUGUCAAAUUAGAUUUGACCACGGUGUUAAGGAUGAAUAUCUAUUCCUUGACAUGCCGAACGAGUUCCGGUUGCCCAACGGACUGCUGCUCCUGGAGCAUGCUAAAGUUGUUCAGAAGAGCAUCUAUGAACACCAACAUGUCACACAUGAGGGACAACUGAGAAUAAUAUUCACUCCAGAACUAAAGAUUAUGUCCUGGGAGUUUUGUUCACGGAGACACGACGAGUAUGUCACUCGCAAGUUUCUAACAGACCAGGUUACACAUAUGCUGCGUGCUACCCAGAAUUACCAAGCUACUGUCACUAAAAAUGGACCUGCUGGCCUAUCGAACGAUGAGGCACAAAACGCUUGCAACCAGUUUGCGUCAGCAUCACGACAACUAGCGAAAAAUAUAGAUCACCACAGCCUAAAUGAGCAUGGUCUUUCUAAAAGAUAUGUUCGCUGUUUGCAGAUAUCAGAGGUGGUGAAUCACAUGAAGGAUCUAAUUGAGUUCAGCCACAAGAAUAAGCUCGGCCCUAUAGAGGGCCUGAAGAACUAUCCCAAACAAACUGCUGGACCAAAGCUCACGGUGCAGAAUUUGCAUGACUCAAAGGCGGUCAAAACAGAAAUAAGCCCCCAUGUGAAUAACGAGGUUCCAGGUGUUGGAGCAAUUAGUAAUAAUCCGCAGAAUCCUGCAGCACAAAGCAAUUACCAACAUAUGCUGAGAAGCUCAAGUGCAAAUCAGUUGCUUCAGCAGGAGGCAUCACAAAAUGCUGCGGCAAUGAACAGUUACCAGAAUAUGUUUAGAAGCUCAAGCGCAAAUCAGGGCUUGCUCCAGCAGGAGGCAUCUCAGAAUGCUGGUGCGCUAAACAAUUACCAGAAUAUGCUUAGAGGCUCAAGCCCGAAUCAAAGUUUGCUUCAGCAGGAGGCAUCGAGUAUCUUCAAAGGUCCUACAGCAGUGCACAGUGGCAUUCAGCUGGAAGCAUCUAGGUCGUUCCGUGCGGCUCAGCUUGGGCAAUUCCAGCAUCCCAUGUCGUUCCAGCAAGGUAUGUCCCAGCACCAGCAUAACAAUUUCCAAGGCCUGGGCGCUAGUCCACAAUUCCAGCAGCAUGUGAUCAAUCAGCUGCUGCAAGAAGCCAAGAACUCCAAUAGCCGCGCUCUUGCUCAUCAGCAACAACAGCAGCAGCACCAUCAACAGCAGCAGCAGCAACACCAUCAACAGCAGCAGCAGCAGCAGCACCAUCAACAGCAGCAACAGCAGCAGCUACAACAUCAACAGCAGCAGCAGUCUCCUAGUACUCCCAAUGCAAAUGGUGGUCUUGCAUCUGGAGCCGCGGUCGCCAACACCGCUGCUAGCGGAGAGCAGGCACAGCACAUGAAUAACGGCACAGCAAAGGGCGCUGCUUUGAUGGGUAUGACGGGGCCUAGUAAUCUGAUCAACAGUGGAGCUGGCAUGGUCCAGCGAAGCAGCAGUUUCAAGUCAGUGAGCAGCAACCCGGCCGCUUCUGGCGGCAAUGCGGCGACCCCAAAGGCGGAGUCUGUGCAUGACAUGGACGACCUGGAACAUCUCAUCUCCCACGAACUUGUGGAGAGCGGUCUGUUCAUGGGGGAGCAGCCAGGGGACGGUGGCUUCUCGUGGAACAUCUGACAUCAUUGUCAACUAAAGUCUCCCUACUCCGAGAGCUGUGUUUGAUGGCGAUAUCGCGGUAGAUUAUUAAAAGUUUUUCUUCUCUUUUCAAGAUCGUGUUCGCCGCCUGGAACAGUCUCUAGUGAUCAUAGAUUGAUGAACCUUCAGCUAUGUGAGAGAGUGAGUCGGUUUGGAUAGCAGUGCAACCCAGUGUUAUUAACUAGUAUGGAAUGACAUGAUGUGGUUGUCAUUUGUGCUGC